AUGGAAGUGUUUCAAAAACCAUUGUCCGAAAUAGAAGAGCAAAGGUUUAAGGAAUUUGGCAAAAUUCAUGGCUUUUACGACUUCAAUAUACCGGUGCUGACCGUCGGAGAACCGGAACUCAUAAAACAAAUUCUGGUCAAAGAUUUCCAGGCAUUUGUCAAUCGUCGCGAUCUAAACAUGAAAUCAAAAUUCUUCAACAGUUGGCUAUUGUUUGUGAGGGACGACCACUGGAGACGAUUGCGGGCAACCAUUUCGCCCACUUUCUCGAGCGCUAAACUCAAGAAAAUGUUUCCUAUGAUUGACGACUGCGUUGAGGCUGUGGUGAAGAAGUUGGGCGAGUAUUCGCAGAGCGGAUCCGAUGUGGACUUGAAAUGGCUGUACGGCUCGUAUACCAUGAAUGUGAUCGCGAAGUGUGCCUUCGCUACCGAUACCAAUGCACUCGAGGACAGGAAUAAUGCAUUCGUGAAGUGGGCCUACAAAGUGGUUAACGUUCCCCUCUGGAGACUCGUUGUCCACUCAGUAAUGCCGGCAUUUCUUAGAGAUUUGACCGGUUUUACGAUCGCAACUCCGGAAUCGUUUCAAUUCUUUAAAGACGUGGCCAAACAUGUGCUCAAAGAACGAAAGGCAAACCCAAACCCCAACGCAUCCAACGAUUUCCUGCAACUACUGGUCGACGCCGAGAGAAACGACGAUUCAAUACUCGAUGAGACCAAUGAAUCCGUCGACGAAGUGAUGGCCAAUAGAAACGCAUUGAAAGUGAACUCAAACGCCAGCAAAAAGCUGAACGAAGACGAAGUGAUUGCAAAUAUAGUGCUCUUUCUUGUGGCCGGUUAUGAGACGACCGCAUCGUUGCUAUCGUUUGCAACAUAUAAUCUGUCACUAAAUCCCGAUUCACAGCAACUUCUGUACGAAGAGUUAAAGUCGUGUCCGGAACUGAACUACGAGUCGGUCUCGAAGUUGCCAUUUCUCGAUGCAGUCAUUUGCGAGACUUUACGACUCAAUAAUCCGGUCACACGAGUGGAAAGGGAGGCUCACGAGGACUAUGUGUUGGGCGAUACGGGACUCACAGUGAAAAAGGGUUCAAUUGUUGCCAUUCCUAUACACGCUAUACAUCACGACUCGGAAUACUAUCCAAAUCCACAUCAAUUCAAACCCCAGCGCUUCUAUGGAGACAACGCUAAUAGCAUAACGCCGUAUACUUACCUGCCAUUUGGUGGCGGACCCCGGAAUUGCAUAGGAAUGCGGUUUGCUUUGGUUGAGGCCAAGUUAGCCCUGGCAAACAUUCUGAUGAACUUUGAAUUCAGUAAAUGUGCCAAAACUGAGAUACCAUUGCGUUAUAUGAAUACCAGACCCGGACUUCUUCAGGCCAUCAGUGUCUGGGCUAAUGUCCGCCGAAGAACUCACGCCUAACUUAUGUUUAA